AUGGCCGCCAAUGUGGGAUCGAUGUUUCAAUAUUGGAAGCGAUUUGAUCUACGGCGACUCCAGAAGGAGCUUAAUUCCGUCGCUUCCGAGCUGUCUGCGCGGCAGGAAGAGAGUGAACAUUCUCAUAAACAUUUAAUUGAACUCCGCCGGGAAUUUAAGAAAAAUGUACCUGAGGAAAUCAGAGAGAUGGUGGCUCCUGUAUUGAAAAGCUUCCAAGCCGAGGUGGUGGCCCUUAGUAAGAGAAGCCAGGAGGCAGAGGCGGCUUUUCUGAGUGUUUACAAGCAAUUAGUUGAAGCACCAGACCCUGUGCCUACGUUGGAGGUGGCGCGUAGCCUGGACGACAGACUGCAGCCCCCCAGUUUGGACCCCAGCAGGCAGCCCCGGCGGGACCUCCACGCUUCUUGGAAGAGGCACCCCGAGCUCCUUGGCCCCAAAGAGCAGAAAGAGGGGACGUCCCCAGCCGCGCCCACGCUGACCGAGGGGAGCCGCCUGCCCGGCAUCGCUGGGAAAGCCCUCCUGACAGAAGCCUUGCUGCAGAGAAAUGAGGCCGAGAAACAGAAGGGCCUUCAAGAAGUUCAGGUCACGCUGGCAGCCAGACUGGGGGAGGCAGAGGAGAAGAUCAAGGUCCUACAUUCAGCGUUAAAGGCCACGCAGACGGAGCUGCUAGAGCUGCGUCGGAAGUAUGACGAGGAGGCCGCGUCCAAGGCAGAUGAGGUCGGCCUGAUCAUGACGAACCUGGAGAAAGCUAACCAGCGCGCUGAAGCCGCCCAGCGGGAAGUGGAGAGUCUCCGGGAACAGCUGGCCUCUGUCAACAGCUCUAUCCGCCUGGCCUGCUGCUCCCCGCAGGGACCCAGUGGGGAGAAGGUGAGCUUCGCCCUGUGCUCGGGGCCUCGGCUGGAGGCUGCCCUGGCCUCCAAGGACAGGGAGAUCCUGCGGCUGCUGAAGGACGCACAGCACCUCCGCAACUCUCUGCAGGAGCUGGAGGAGGCCUCCGCCAACCAGAUUGCGGACCUGGAGCAGCAGCUCACAGCCAAGUCUGAGGCCAUAGAGAAGCUAGAAGAAAAGCUCCAGGCACAGUCCGACUAUGAAGAGAUCAAAACAGAGCUGAGCAUCCUGAAAGCCAUGAAGCUGGCCUCCAGCACCUGCAGCCUCCCCCAGGGCCUGGCCAAACCUGAUGACUCACUACUCAUAGCAAAGGAGGCCUUCUUCCCAGCACAGAAGUUCCUUCUAGAAAAGCCUGGUCUUCUGACCAGCCCUGAGGAGGACCCUUCAGAGGACGACUCCAUCAAGGACUCUCUGGGCACAGAGCCAUCCUACCCCUCCCCUCAGCAGCUGCCACCUCCACCAGGACCUGAAGACCCGAUGUCCCCCAGCCCUGGGCAGGCCCUGCUGGGCCCCAGCCUGGGACCUGAUGGCCCACGGACUUUCUCGCUGUCCCCAUUCCCCAGCCUGGCCUCAGGGGAGAGACUGGCUGGGGACACAUUGCUCUCCAAGCACAUGAUGCCCCCGGCCGCCUUCAAGGGAGAGGCAGGUGGCUUGCUGGUGUUCCCUCCAAGCUUCUAUAACACCAAGCCCCCCACGGCCCCGGCCACCCCAGCCCCUGCCCCUGAGCCCCUGGGGAGCCUCGAGCCUGCUGAUGGUGGCGGGGGCAGUGUGGCAGGCACCGGGGCAGAGGAGGAACAGCUGGACACAGCGGAGAUAGCCUUCCAGGUGAAGGAGCAGCUGCUCAAGCACAACAUCGGGCAGCGAGUGUUCGGCCACUAUGUGCUAGGGCUGUCCCAGGGCUCCGUCAGCGAGAUCCUGGCCCGGCCCAAGCCCUGGCGCAAGCUCACAGUGAAGGGCAAGGAGCCCUUCCUCAAGAUGAAGCAGUUUCUGUCAGAUGAACAGAAUGUGUUGGCCCUGAGGACAAUCCAGGUGCGGCAGCGAGGUAGCAUCACCCCACGAAUCCGCACGCCUGAGACGGGCUCGGACGACGCCAUCAAGAGCAUCCUGGAGCAGGCCAAGAAGGAGAUCGAGUCCCAGAAAGGGGGUGAACCCAAGAACUCAGCGGCCCCAUUGAGCAUCACCAAUGGCACAGCCUCCACCAGCACCUCGGAAGACGCCAUCAAGAACAUUCUGGAACAGGCUCGCCGUGAGAUGCAGGCCCAGCAGCAGGCCCUGCUGGAAAUGGAGGCAGGACCCCGGGGCCGCUCAGUGCCCCCUUCUCCCCCAGAGCGGCCCUCGCUGGCAGCCAUGAGCCAGAAUGGGGGCCCAGCCUACGUCAAGCAGGAGGACAGCACUGGAGGUGGCAGCGGGGGGACCAGCAGCAGUGCCACACAGACGUCCCUCACGGUCCUGUCCCCCGCAGCCUUUGUGCAGAGCAUCAUCCGGAAAGUCAAAUCAGAGAUUGGCGAUGCCGGCUACUUCGAUCACCACUGGGCCUCGGACCGCGGCCUGCUCAGCCGCCCCUAUGCCUCUGUCUCGCCCUCCCUGUCCUCCUCCUCCUCCAGCUACUCUGGCCAACCCAACGGGCGGGCCUGGCCCCGCGGAGACGAGGCGCCCGCUGCCCCUGAGGACGAGGCAGCUGGGGGCGAGGAUGAGUCCCCCAGGGUGGGCGAACUGAAGGCAGAAGGGGGAGCCCCCGAGGUGGGCAGCGGCGGGCGGCUGGCCUACUACCCAGCCUAUGUGCCCCGCACCCUGAAGCCCACCGUGCCACCCCUGACCCCCGAGCAGUACGAGCUCUACAUGUACCGCGAGGUGGACACUCUGGAGCUGACGCGCCAGGUCAAGGAGAAGCUGGCCAAGAAUGGGAUCUGCCAGAGGAUCUUUGGGGAGAAGGUGCUGGGCCUAUCGCAGGGCAGUGUGAGUGACAUGUUGUCCCGGCCAAAGCCCUGGAGCAAGCUGACCCAGAAGGGGCGGGAGCCCUUCAUCCGCAUGCAGCUGUGGCUCUCGGACCAGCUCGGCCAGGCCGUGGGCCAGCAGCCCAGCGCCUCCCAAGCCAGUCCUCCCGAGCUGCGGUCCUCACCUUCACCACCCCCAAGCCCCAUGGAGCCUGAGAAGAGUUCCCAAGAGUCCUUGAGCCUGUCACUGGAGAGCAGCAAGGAGAACCAGCAGCCAGACAGCCGCUCUGGCUCCUCGCUGGGUGGGAAGAUACACUCUGGCAGCCAGGCCACAGGAGGCAUCCAGGAGAUUGUGGCUAUGUCCCCAGAGCUGGACACUUACUCCAUCACCAAAAGAGUCAAGGAGGUCCUCACAGACAACAACCUAGGGCAGCGGCUGUUUGGGGAGAGCAUCCUGGGCCUGACCCAGGGCUCUGUGUCUGACCUGUUGUCCCGGCCCAAACCCUGGCACAAGCUGAGCCUGAAGGGGAGGGAGCCCUUUGUCCGCAUGCAGCUGUGGCUCAGUGACCCCCACAAUGUGGAGAAGCUAAGGGACAUGAAGAAGCUAGAGAAGAAAGCCUACCUGAAACGCCGCUAUGGCCUCAUCAGUACUGGCUCGGACAGCGAGUCUCCAGCCACGCGCUCCGAGUGCCCCAGCCCCUGCCUGCAGCCCCAGGACCUGAGCCUCCUGCAGGUCAAGAAGCCCCGCGUGGUGCUGGCGCCCGAGGAGAAGGAGGCGCUGAGGAAAGCUUACCAGCUGGAGCCCUACCCCUCCCAGCAGACCAUCGAGCUGCUGUCCCUCCAGCUCAACCUGAAGACCAACACCGUCAUCAACUGGUUCCACAACUACAGGUCCCGGAUGCGCCGGGAGAUGUUGGUGGAGGGAACCCAGGACGAGCCAGACCUCGACCCAAGUGGGGGUCCUGGUGUCCUACCACCAGGCCACUCCCAGCCGGACCCUGCCCUGCCGAGCCCUGACUCCGAAGCUGAGGACCAGAAGCCCACUGUGAAGGAACUGGAGCUUCAGGAGGGCUCUGAGGAGCGCAUCAUGCCCCUGACCGCCCCGGACAGGUCCCAAGUGAGGAUCAAGCAGGAGCAGAGCGAGGAGGACACUGAGGAGGAAGUGGGCGGCCAGCCCCAGGACCCAGGGGAGCCAGACAAAGGCCAAGGAMCCCCCAAAGAGGAGCAUCUUGACCCUCUUAGUAAUGAUGGACUCCCAAGAGUGGCCCCAGAGCCCCUUCUUUCAGGCGGAAACACCUCAGACUGCACCUCACUACAUCCCCCCGAGGAGAGUGAGGCUGGGGGGAGGCUUCACUCGGACCCUCUGAGUUUUAAGUCAGCCUCGGAGUCCUCGCGCUGCAGCCUGGAGGUGUCACUGAACUCGCCCUCAGCUGCCUCCUCACCAGGCCUCAUGAUGUCUGUGUCACCUGUCCCCUCCUCCUCAGCCCCCAUCUCCCCAUCCCCACCUGGUGCCCCCCCUGCCAAAGUGCCGAGUGCCAGCCCCACUGCCGACACAGCUGGGGCCUUGCACCCCAACGCCAAGGUGAACCCCAAUUUGCAGCGGCGGCAUGAGAAGAUGGCCAACUUGAACAGCAUCAUCUAUCGGCUAGAGAGGGCUGCUAACCGGGAGGAGGCCCUGGAGUGGGAAUUCUGA